UCCCUACAGCUGAUGAAAUGGAACUCUUGCGGUAUUAUUACUAUAUCCGCCAUGGCAUCGACACAAUCCACAUUGCUCCGAUUGAGAAGUCGUGGGUGGAUCAUGUUUUUGCAUUGAUUCCAGACAAAUUGCGGAAACAAACUGAAAGCUUGGAAAAGCUGACCGCAGAGAUGAAGGAAGACUUUAUGAUGGCAAUUAAAAAGGCGACAGUUGAUUUUGUUCUGAGGGAUCCGAACGACACAAAUGCUGAUUCACUCCUGCUGCAAGUUCACACUCCGCUGAGAGAUGAACUGCCAAUGUUGACAAAACUGUGGAAACCGUCCUACGAUGCAGCUCGUCAGAAAAUACUGAGAAAUCUUCACACGGUCAAUCCCCUGCUUGCUCAGAUUUUGGAUUUGUGGCAUAAGCACUUCAGUGACCUGAGGUUGGUGGAUGUGAAGACUUUGUCCAAAUCUGAGUCGGCUUUGGAGCUUCAUCCCUUCGGCAAACAGGUGACGGCUCACAUUGACUAUGCCAAGAGGCACUUGCUGACCGAGUGGAUACCUUCCAUACAGGCGAUAUUUGUACAGGGAAGCAAGAAGAAGCAGAUUCCGGCAGAUCACUUGAAGCGAAGGUUGAAGCGUUUCUAUGACUGUGUCUCAGCCAUUAUGACCUUCCAACUACAGUCCCUCUGUCUCAACUCUAUAUUGGAUUAUACUACUUUUAUUCUGGAUAUCGGGAUGUCCAACCCUGGGUUUGAGAUAAGCAUUCUUCAGCGGAACAAGAUAAUCCAGUUUGAACCGUCGUUCGCCAAGUUCCACGAGGUUGUACUGCGAGUGUACGAUCAGAUGAUUGAAGCUGUCAGUAGGAUACCACGUUUGGAGACUAAGCUGUACAUUGAUCUGGAGGACACGCCCAAAGAACUUAGGCCUGUGAUUUUAGAUGAAAUUGUCAAUGAAUGUAGAACGAAAGUAGAAGAAACUCUUCACGAGCAGAGAAUCGGACCUGAACUGCGAGUCCAGGACUUUGACGAUUACAUCCAUCUCAUCAACGGAGACGCACAAGAAGAAGUAGAGAAGUUUCUGACCGAGGACCACUCGUUUGAAGACUACAAAGUGCAAGUUGCGUUGUACGACACGUUGAUGAAGGAGAUCCCUAUCCAGCUGGCACAUGUCAUAACAAUGGGACUGUUUGAGAUGCAUCGCGAGGAGCUGAUCACAACAAUGGUGUCCCAGGCGAGGAACCUUCGCGAUCAGCUGAUAGCUCGACUCACACGCGACUACCAGAACCUCUGCAAGCAGCUGGGAGAAGACUACCAGCAGAUCGCAGACAAGGCACUGUCAGAGCCGGCAAACACUGCGGAACUGAUGAAGCUGAUAGAGUACGUGAGAGUCGUGGAGUGUCAGACGGUGUUUGAGAUGGAGGACAGACUCAAAGAAGUGAUGGGAUACAUUCUGUUCCUAUCAGACUUCACUCUCAUAUCUGCCAUAGAGAUGAAACAGAACUCGCUGACCUUCCAGUGGUACAACAAGAUGUCCAGUGUGUUGGAGGAGAACAGACGCAUCGUGGAGCAGAAGACACUGGAGUACCAGCAGUCACUGAAGGAAAGAAUUGAAAAGUUCAAAGACGAUUUGGAAGCGUACAUGAAGCAAGUUGAUGAGCUGCAAACGUACGGAGACAUCAACGAACUUCAUCGCUACCAGAAGAAGGCUAUGAUGCUUGAUAACAAACUGGACCAAGCCAUGGCGAGAAUUGAUCAGUUUAAUGAAGAGGAGAAGGCCUACAAGUGGGAAGAGAGCUUCUUCCCCAUGAGGAAACAGAUUGCAGACAGACUCGCGCCAUACAAGCGUCUCUACGACAACGCUGUAGAGUUCCUGGAGAAGCACGAGCUGUGGACGACCAGCAGAGUAGGCUCCUAUGACCCUGAGGAUAUUGACCAAGAGACGCAGGGCUUCUACCGCAACAUCUACAAGCUGGAGAAACAGUUCUCUGACCUACCAGCUCCGGGACAACUGGCUAGCCAGGUUAGGCAGCAAGUGGAAGAUUUCAAAGGUCACAUGCCGAUUAUAAUGACACUCGGAAAUCCAGGUAUGAAAGAGCGUCAUUGGGAAAGAAUAUCAGAGAUUGUCGGCUUUCCCCUUAGAGCAGACGCGGAGUUGACUUUGGCGAAGAUUAUCGAUUUGGGUCUUGAAGAAUACAUCCCGAGGUUUGAGGCCAUCAGUGAUUCUGCGACAAAGGAGAACAAUCUUGAGAAGAAUCUCAACAAGAUGAUAAAUGAAUGGAAAGACAUUGAGUUCACAGUGUUGCCUUACAGAGACACCGGGACCUACAUCCUGUCCAGUGUGGAUGACAUCCAACUGCUGCUUGACGACCACAUUGUCAAAACACAAACAAUGAAGAGUUCGCUGUACAUCAAGCCGUUUGAAGAAACCAUUUUUGGCUGGGAGGCCAAGCUGUCGCUACUGCAAGAGAUACUGGACGAGUGGCUGAAGGUGCAGAGUACAUGGAUGUACCUGGAGCCCAUCUUCUCAUCACCUGACAUACAACAGCAGAUGCCUGAGGAGGGACGAAGGUUCAGUGCUGUAGAUAAGGUUUGGAGAGAUGUGAUGAAGACAGUAGUGUCGGACACCAAAGUCAUGUCCGUCGUGGAGAUUGACAAGAUGUUGGAACGUCUGAAGAAGUGCAACAACCUGCUUGAGAUGAUACAGCGAGGCCUCAAUGAGUAUCUGGAGAAGAAGAGGCUCUACUUCCCAAGGUUCUUCUUCCUCUCUAAUGACGAGCUGUUGGAAAUCCUCUCAGAGACCAAGGAUCCCACUCGUGUGCAGCCUCAUCUGAAGAAGUGUUUCGAAGGUAUCGCCAAGCUGCAGUUCACCGAGGACCUAGAUGUAACCAAGAUGAAGUCCACUGAAGGUGAAGAGGUUGCUCUAGUGGAUGUCAUCUCCACCUCCCAGGCCAGGGGACAGGUGGAGAAAUGGCUGCUGCUGCUGGAGAAGGAUAUGAAGAUCAGCAUACACAAGAUGAUCGAGCUGGCCAUGGAGGCGUACCCAGACACGCCCAGACAACAGUGGGUGUUGACGUGGCCUGGCCAGACUGUGCUGGCCGUAUCAUCUACAUACUGGACCAGUGAGGUACAUUUGGCCAUAGCCAGGCCAGGCGGUCUGCCUGAGUAUCUGGCCAAGUCUAACUCUCAGAUAGACAACAUCAUAGAACUGGUCAGGGGCAAACUGGAGACACAGAAUAGGAUCACACUGGAGGCUCUGGUAGUCAUUGAUGUCCAUGCGAGGGAUGUUGUGAGUUCACUUGUCAAGGCAAAGAUUUCCAAAGACGAUGAUUUCCAGUGGCUCUCCCAGCUUCGCUACUAUUGGCAGGAGAAUGCAUUGGUAGUAAGUAUGAUAAACUCUACUCUCAAGUAUGGCUAUGAGUAUCUGGGUAACUCGUCCAGGCUGGUGAUAACUCCGCUGACAGAUCGCUGCUAUAGGACUUUGUUUGGAGCUCUUCACUUGCAUCUUGGUGGAGCUCCAGAAGGACCUGCUGGUACUGGUAAAACAGAGACUACCAAGGAUCUGGCCAAAGCAAUCGCUAAACAGUGUGUGGUGUUUAACUGUUCUGACAGCAUGGAUUAUAUUGGGCUCGGCAAGUUCUUCAAGGGUCUUGCGUCUUGUGGUGCCUGGGCCUGUUUUGACGAGUUCAACAGAAUAGACUUAGAGGUAUUGUCAGUUGUGGCUCAACAGAUUCUGACAAUCCAACGAGGAAUCAACGCUGGCAACCCCAAGUUGUGGUUUGAAGGUACGGAGUUGAACCUUGACCCGACCUGUGCCGUGUUUAUCACAAUGAACCCUGGGUAUGCCGGGCGCUCUGAACUGCCUGACAACCUUAAGGCGCUGUUCAGAUCAGUAGCCAUGAUGGUACCAGACUACGCCCUUAUCUCAGAGAUACAGCUCUACUCCAAUGGUUACCUCAAUGCUCGACCUUUAGCCGUCAAGAUUGUCGCCACAUACAAACUGUGUUCUGAGCAACUGUCUUCACAGCAGCAUUAUGACUAUGGUAUGAGAGCUGUAAAGUCUGUGCUCACUGCUGCAGCUAAUCUCAAGUUGAAGUAUCCUAACGAGUCAGAAGACAUCAUUGUUCUUAGAUCCAUCAAAGAUGUCAACCUGCCCAAGUUUCUCAAUCAUGACCUACCCCUGUUUCAUGGGAUAACGUCAGAUCUGUUCCCGGGAGUGACAUUGCCAGACCCAGACUACACAGUGUUGAACAAAGCAGCUCAGGACGCGUGUGAGGCUGCCAACAUGCAGUGUACGGACUUCUUCUUGGAGAAGAUCCAGCAGAUUUACGAGAUGAUGAUUGUCAGACACGGCUUCAUGAUUGUUGGAAUGCCCUUCGGUGGCAAGACGUCGUCCUAUAGGAUGCUGGCUGAUGCUUUGGCACUCAUCGAAGAAAGGGGUGGUAUGAAUGAGCACAAGGUAGAGAUUGCAGUCAUGAACCCCAAGUCCAUUACGAUGGGUCAGCUCUACGGACAGUUUGACCCGGUCUCCCACGAGUGGUCUGAUGGGAUACUGGCUGUCAGCUAUCGUCAGUUUGCAAUGUCAACCAACCUGAACAGGAAAUGGCUGAUAUUCGAUGGUCCAGUGGAUGCAAUCUGGAUAGAGAACAUGAACACUGUUCUGGAUGACAACAAGAAGCUGUGUUUGAUGUCGGGAGAGAUCAUACAGCUGGCUCCAACAACCAACUUGAUAUUUGAACCCAUGGAUCUAGAGGCCGCCUCUCCUGCUACGGUGUCCAGAUGUGGUAUGAUUUACAUGGAGCCAGCUACUCUAGGCUGGGAGUGUCUCUUACAGUCUUGGCUCAACACACUUCCACCAUGUCUCCACGCUCAGAACAAACAAGUCAUUGUGCAUCUCUUCCAUAGGUUCUGCCCUGUCUUGUUCUACCUUCUGCGGCGCACCAAAGUUGUGGAAAUAUUUCCAACUUCUGAUUCAAACCUCAUAAGAUCUUUGACAAAUUUAUUUGACUGUUUUCUGAAUGACUUCUACGAUGAAGAAUUUGUCAAGAAUAUCUCUGAUUUAGAUACAAGGGCACAGUUGGAGGGUGUGUUUUUCUUCUCGUGUAUCUGGUCCAUUGGAGCAUGUUUGAACUCUGCUGGCCGGGAACAGUUCAGUGUUCUGUUCCAAGGAUUGUUGCUGAAGGAGUUUCCAGCUCACCUGAAGGAACAAUUUGGUCUACCAGAUCACCUCAUCAUGAAUCCCUUAAAACCCUACAUUUAUACAAUUCCUGAACAAGCGACAGUAUUCGACUACAGGUUCAUAAAAGAAGGUAAAGGCAAGUGGAAGCUGUGGUCAGAGGACUUAACAUCUGCAUCACCCAUCCCUAGAGACAUCCCUGUCAACCAGAUAAUUGUUCCCACCGUAGAAACAGUCCGGAAUAUGGCUUUGAUGCAUCUCCUCGUGAUGCAUCAAAAACCUGUCAUGUUUGUUGGAUCUACCGGCACCGGAAAGUCUGCUUAUACAAUGGACUAUCUGUUAAAGAAGAUUGAUAGUAACAUUUACAAGCCAAUGUUUAUCAACUUUUCUGCUCAAACCUCUGCAAACCAAACCCAAGACAUAAUCAUGGCCAAGUUAGAUAAACGGAGGAAAGGUGUCUACGGCCCGCCACUAGGCAAGAAGUGUGUGGUGUUUGUGGACGAUGUCAGCAUGCCAAUGAAGGAGACUUACGGAGCUCAGCCUCCCAUAGAACUGUUGAGGCAAUGGCUCGACCAUCAGAUAUGGUACGACCGCAAGGAGGUGGUCGCCAUGAAACUUAUUGACAUACAGCUCAUGUGUGCAAUGGGUCCUCCCAGUUCAGGCAACACAGUCACUCCUCGGUUCAGUAGACAUUUCAACAUUGUGGUCAUCAAUGAGUUCACCGAUGAAGUCAUGGUGACCAUCUUUAGUAAGAUCAUGCUGUGGCAUCUGGACACUAGAGGGUUCAGUAAGGAGUUUGACCCUUGUAUUGACCAGCUGGUGUCAGCCACACUACUCAUCUACAAGCAGAGUCUGGCCAACCUGCUGCCCACACCAGCCAAGUCCCACUACUUGUUCAACCUACGUGACUUUUCCCGCGUCAUUCAGGGAGUGUUGCUGUCAGUACCUGAGGCUAUGGAGGAUCUGCUGGCCAUGAAGAGACUCUGGGUGCACGAGGUGUUGAGAGUCUACCAUGACAGACUGGUAGAUGACAAGGACCGGGAGUGGAUAUUUGACUUGCUGCAUCAAGUUGUGGCAUCCAACCUAGAGGAGGACCUGGACCAGAUGUUUACUCACCUGGUUAAAGACAAACCUCCCGGGAGCCGGGUAGGGGAGACUGAACUACGCAGACUGUUGUAUUGUGACUUUGCCAAUCCCAAGGCCGAUGUCAGGAACUACAUAGAAGUCACUGAUUUAGAUGCUCUACGAAAUAUUGUGGAAGGUUUCCUCAACGAGUUUAACAACAUGAGUAAGAAACCAAUGAACCUCGUCUUGUUUAGGUUUGCUAUUGAACACUUGUCUAGAAUCUGCCGUAUUCUCAAGCAGCCCAGAAGCCAUGCAUUGUUGGUUGGCGUAGGUGGAAGUGGACGACAGUCACUCACUCGUCUAGCUGCUCACAUCUGCGAGUAUGACCUCUUCCAGGUAGAGAUGGGCAGACAGUACGGAAUGUAUGAGUGGCAUGAAGACUUGAAGAACAUCUUACUGAAGGCCAGCGCUAGUGACCAACACGUGGUGUUCUUGUUUACAGAUUCACAGAUCAAAGAGGAGGCUUUUGUUGAAGACAUCAACAACAUGCUCAACUCUGGGGAAGUUCCCAACUUGUUUGGGAUUGAUGAGAAAGCAGAAAUUUGUGAAAAGAUGAGAACCAUCGACAGACAGAAAGACAAAUCUCAGCAGACUGAUGGAAGUCCUGUAGCUUUAUUCAACUUGUUUCUACAAAUUGUCAAGGAUCAGUUACAUGUGGUUCUAGCAUUCAGCCCAAUCGGAGAUGGUUUUAGAACACGAAUUCGUAAAUUUCCAGCUUUGGUGAAUUGCUGCACAAUCAAUUGGUUUCAGACAUGGCCACCAGACGCUCUACUGGCUGUAGCUAAGAGGUUCCUGGGAGACAUAGAGUUGCCAGAGACAGAACGUCAGGCUUGUAUAGACAUGUGUCAGGAGUUCCACACGUCCACUCAACAGCUGAGUGUAGAGUAUCUGUUGAGGACUCAACGUCACACCUACGUCACCCCGACAUCGUACCUGGAGCUCAUCAACACCUUCAAAGAUAUACUGUCCAUGAAACGAGAGGAGUUGGUGGUUGGCAAGAAGAGGUAUGAAGUGGGUCUGGAGAGUCUACAGAAAGCGGCUAAGGAGGUCGGUGUGAUGAAGACUGAGCUCGUUGCUCUACAGCCUCAACUGCAGCAAGCUACUGAGAACGUCAAGGCUGUCAUGCAGAAAGUGGAGACGGAGAGUGAAGACGUGGCUAAGGUGGAAGCAGUGGUGAGAGAAGACGAGGCGGUGGCCAAUGAGCAAGCAGCCGCGGCGCAAGUGAUCCGCUCUGAGUGUGACGCUCGACUAGCCGAGGCAAUGCCUAUAUUGGAGGCUGCAUUGGCAGCCCUCGACACUCUGACACCGGCAGACAUCACUGUGGUCAAGUCCAUGAAGAGUCCUCCCAAGGGAGUCAGGCUGGUCAUGGAGGCUGUGUGUAUAUUGAAGGACAUCAAGCCAGACAGAGUCCCAGACCCGUCUGGUAGUGGCAAGAUGGUGGAAGACUACUGGGGACCGUCCAAGAGACUACUGGGAGAUCUCAAGUUCUUGGAGGGUCUUGUACAGUUUGACAAAGACAACAUUCCGCCACGAAUCAUGAAAGUUAUCAAUGAAAAGUUCCUUACCAAUGAAGACUUUGAUCCGGUCAAAGUAAAAGUUGCUUCUACCGCAGCAGAAGGUUUGUGUAAAUGGAUCAGAGCACUGUCCGAGUAUGAUGUACAAGCUAAGAUAAUUGCACCUAAGAAAGCAGCUUUAGUGGUAGCAGAAGCUGACUAUAACACAGCAAUGGCUGCUCUGGAGAUAAAACAGGCCAAGUUGAGGGAAGUACAGAAGAAACUGGCAGACUUAGAGGCUGUGCUGGAGCAGAACAAGGCUACCCUUAACAACCUACAGGAUGAAGUUGACCUCUGCACCAAGAAGCUACAGAGAGCUGAGGAACUCAUUGGUGGUUUGGGAGGAGAGAAAGACAGAUGGAGUGCCACAGCCAAGGCUCUUGGGGAACGAUAUCAUCUGCUUACAGGAGACAUUCUGGUUGCGUCAGGAGCUGUGGCGUACUUGGGACCGUUUACAAUGCAGUUCAGACAAGAUCAGAUGCAGAAGUGGAUUGAGCAAGUCAAGAGUUACAACAUUUACUGUUCCAAAGACUUUUCUCUCACCUCUGUUCUGGGAGAACCUGUACAAAUCAGAGCGUGGAAUAUCUUCGGUCUUCCCAGCGACUCAUUCUCCGUUGACAACGGGAUCAUUGUCAAGAAUGCAAGACGUUGGCCACUGAUGAUCGACCCGCAGAGUCAAGCGAACAAAUGGAUAAAAAACAUGGAGAAAGCAAAUAAUCUGAGUGUGAUGAGAAUGACCAGCUCUGAUUAUGUGAGAGUUCUCGAGAACGCUAUUCAGUUUGGUCAACCUGUUUUGCUGGAAAACGUAGGUGAAGAGUUGGAUGCUUUACUUGAGCCAUUGCUUCUGAAACAGACAUUCAAGCAGGGAGGAGCCAUGUGUAUAAAGCUGGGAGAUUCUGUGGUAGAAUAUUCUCCUCAGUUCAGGUUCUAUCUGACUACCAAGCUGCGGAACCCUCACUACCUCCCAGAGAUUGCAGUCAAAGAUCAGCUGUUAGGUAUUGUAGUGGCCAAGGACAGACCAGAUCUGGAGGCUGAGAAGAACCAACUGAUAGUCCAGGGAGCUGAUAACAAGAGAAUGCUGAAAGAGAUUGAGGAGAAGAUCCUGUACAUAUUGUCAACAGCUGGUGACAACCUGUUGGAAGAUGAGGAGGGAGUGUCUGUGCUGAGCUCUUCCAAAGUCCUGGCCAAUGAGAUCUCAGAGAAACAAGCUGUUGCGGAAGUGACUGAGAAAUCUAUAGACGCUGCUAGACUGGAAUAUGUCCCUAUUGCUAAUCAUUCCACAGUGUUGUUUUUCAGCAUCACUAACCUAGCAAACAUUGACCCUAUGUACCAAUACUCUCUUGUCUGGUUUAUAAACCUGUUCAAAGCUGCAAUCGACAACACAGAGAAAUCUGAAAACGUUGAAGACAGAAUAGCAGAGCUUACUACAUACUUUACAUACUCUCUGUACGUCAACAUCUGUCGAAGUCUCUUUGAGAAGGACAAGCUGCUAUUCUCCCUGUUACUCACAGUCAACCUGAUGUUCAACAAACAGCAGAUGGACCACUCAGAAUGGAUGUUUCUACUGACUGGAGGGGUUGGUCUGGACAACCCUUACCCCAACCCAGCAACAUGGCUGCCACAGAACUCCUGGGACCAGCUUUGCCGCUGUGAUCUGCUCACAAACUUCAAGGGCUUCCGAAAACAUUUUGAGACACAUCAAAAGGAGUGGAAAGAGUUCUUUGAUAGUGUAGAACCACACAAAAACCCAUAUCCCGACCCUUGGGAAAAGAAAUUAAAUAGAUUUCAGAAGAUUAUAAUGCUAAGAUGUGUCCGAUAUGACAAGGUUGUUCCAGCGAUUCAGGAUGAAGUGGAAAGACAGUUAGGUCGCAGGUUUGUGGAGCCGCCUCCGUUUGAUCUCCCAGCAUCGUUUGCUGACUCCCAUUGCUGCAUUCCUCUCAUCUUUGUGCUGACUCCUGGUGCUGAUCCCACAGCUCUGCUGCUCAAGUUUGCUGAGGAUAUGGGAUUCGGAGGGAACAGACUAAACUCGCUGUCCCUGGGUCAAGGCCAGGGCCCAAUAGCUGUGAGGAUGAUAGAUGAAGGAGUCAAAAAUGGAACCUGGGUAUUACUGCAGAACUGUCAUCUGGCCAAGAGCUGGAUGCCUGUGUUGGAAAAGCUCUGUGAGAACUUUAGCCCUGAGUCCACUCACCCUGACUUCAGACUCUGGUUGACUUCAUAUCCUGCAGACCAUUUCCCUGUGUUUGUUCUGCAAAACGGGGUGAAAAUGACCAAUGAACCACCUAAAGGAAUGCGAGCAAAUGUCUUGAGGUCAUUAACAAGUGAUCCGAUAGCAAACUUGGAGUUUUUCGAAGGCUGUAAACAAACAGCGGCCUUUAAGAAACUUGUUUUUGGGCUGUGCUUUUUCCACGCUCUGGUUCAAGAGCGGAGAAAGUUUGGACCCUCGGGGUGGAACAUACCUUACGAGUUUAACGAGACUGACUUGAGAAUAAGUGUGCAGCAACUACAUAUACUGCUGAACCAGUAUGAGGAUGUACAGUUUGAUGCGCUCUGCUAUCUCACCGGAGAGUGUAACUAUGGAGGAAGAGUUACGGACGAUUGGGAUAGAAGAUGUCUAAACACAAUCCUCCGCAAAUUCUAUUGUCUUCGUCUGCUGUCUGAUGCGACGUACUACUUUGAUCCGUCAAAGAUGUACUACGUGCCUGACGUGAAGGACCACGAUGCAUUUGUGAACUACGUCAAGACGUUCCCUCUGAUCACCAGCCCCUCGGUGUUUGGGAUGAAUGAAAAUGCAGACAUUAUGAAAGACCAGCAGGAAACUACUGUUCUUUUUACGAACACACUUUUCACUCAGGACGCGGCUGGUGGUGGCGGAGCAGACGAUGCUGAGAAGACAGUGUUUGACGUGGCCGGAGGUAUUUUGGACAAGGUGCCGAAGGACUAUGACAUAGUGACUGCGCUGGAGAAGUAUCCAACGUCGUACAACCAGAGCAUGAACACUGUCCUGGUUCAGGAGAUGGAGAGGUUUAACAACCUGCUUCGAACUAUCCGAGGCAGUCUGGGCAACCUGCGCAAGGCGAUCAAGGGCCAAAUUGUAAUGACAACAGAGCUAGAGGAAGUCUUCAACAGUGUAUUGACAGGGAAAAUUCCUGCUCUGUGGAAAAAGAAAUCUUAUCCAUCUUUGAAGCCUUUGGGCAGUUACAUCAGUGACUUUCUGGCAAGGCUCGAGUUCUUACAGAAAUGGUUUGAUAACGGGGCCCCGCCUACUUUCUGGCUUUCUGGAUUUUUCUUCACACAAGCCUUUCUGACUGGAGCCCAACAGAAUUUUGCUAGAAAAUACAGAAUUCCAAUAGACCUGCUCACCUUUGAUUUUGAAGUUAUAACAAAAGAGAGACUGUCACUUUCUCCAGAAGAUGGUGUCUAUGUGUACGGACUGUUCUUGGAGGGAGCUCGGUGGAACGCUAAGAUUCACGCCUUGGAUGAAUCUUUACCUAAAGUUUUAUACGACUCUAUGCCUUUUAUGUGGCUGAAGCCUAUCAAGAAAGAUGAGCUGGAGGUACAGUCUGUGUACAAAUGUCCACUGUACAAGACCACGGAGCGCCGAGGUACUUUGCUGACCACAGGACACUCUACCAACUUUGUCAUAGCUAUAUUGCUGCCUAGCAAACACCCUGAGGAUCAUUGGAUCAUGAGGGGAGUGGCUCUUAUGUGUCAGCUUAGCCAAUGA